AUGACGGUGGUGGACAAAGCGCACAGCAAUCCAAGGUCGGAGCGGCCAGACGGCGAGACUCUUCCAGCACUUUCUGCGCUGUGCGAGAUGCUGAGCAGUGGUGCUGCGCAAGGGAGAGGGUGGGGGCACCUGUUGAAGGAUAAAAGGCGGACAUGACUGUCCCUUCUCUCGCUCUCUCCUUCCCUACCCAUGCUCACACGCAACACAGUCAGGCAGGUCUCCAAGCACCUCCCAGCGACCAAGCAACUUCUUCGCAACAGCAGCAACAUCCAGCACCUCGCACGAAGCCUCUCCGGCAGCACGGCAUCCAUGUCUCUCUUCCGCAACCACCUUGUCCACCCCUGGGACUUCCUACCCCUGCACCUGGGCAGCGUCCUGCACGACACCGACACUGCGUCGGACUCGUCCAAGGACUUCUUUAGUGCUCUUCGCAAGCCUGACUUCCUCCAUGGCCCCCGCGUCGACAUCGUCGAGGGCGCAGACGGCUUCCACCUCACCGCCGAGCUGCCGGGCGUCAAGAAGGAGGACGUCAACAUCAACGUCGUCGACAAGGAGCGCCGUCUGACCAUUUCCGGCACCAUGCGUUCCGAGUACCACUCGGGCGGCAGCACCGAAGCUGCUCAAGCCACGACUACUACCGACCAGAGCACGGGCAGCAGUAGCAGCAGCAGCGGCAGCAGCAGCAAGAAGGCCGAAGACGGCAAGGCAAAGGCCUCGACUGACGUCGCCACCUCGACGUCGACGUCGACGACGCAGACGGCCGUGGCCCAGCACCGUCCCAUCAUCUCGGAGCGCACCUUUGGCAGCUUCUCGCGCACCUUUGUCCUUCCCGAGUCGGCCGACCUGGACAACAUCAAGGCGCGCUUCCAGGACGGCCUGCUCAAGCUCAACGUGGCCAAGAAGGCCGCCGAAAAGCAGCGUCCCAGGGCCGUGGCCAUCGAGGACGCGAGCGACUGAGAGGGCACUCAGUUCGGAGAAGAGGCUGCUCGAGCCAUCGCCCUCUCCUCACCUCGUCUCACCACGCCACCUUUCACUUCUCCCUCCUCACUCCCCCCUUCCCCCUUCCACCUUCCCCCUUCCACCUUCCCCCUUCCCCCUUUUCGUGCUCAUCGAUAUCACCAUUGUACAUGAACAUCCAUUCUUGACUCGAAUCUAAUCCACAAGUGUGGCCCCGUGCCUGACCCGUCUCA